AUGGUAGAAGAGAGGCCUCCAGUGAAUGGUGGAAUCAGUCCACCGAGGCCGCGGACUUUUCGAAGGAAUUGUGGCGAUCAAGUAUCUGUAUCGUCACCAACAAAAGUGUAUAUUAAAACAAACGAAAAGUGUCCGUUCUAUAGUGUUAAUGACCAAGAGAUAGUGAAGCCCAUAGAUAAAGUGAAGUAUGUGGACUCGUUACAACAAAGCCAUUGGCUGGAUGUGAGGACCAUUUUAAAAAAUGGCGAGAUCGAGGUACAGGAUCUCGUGGCGUUUAUUGAAUGCGACAGCAGUGAUUCCGGUCAUCUCUACGAGUCGUUGGAACCUGCACCUGCGCCGGUUCCAAUCCGCCCCGCGCGCCUUCCCCCCGCGGUGCCUCAACCCAUAGAUGACGACUUUGACUCAUUUGACAGUGACACCGACGACGAUAAUGAUAAGACACUUGAACCGGAUUUGCCGCCAGAAUUACCGGCUGCAAGGUUACCGACGCCCCCACACGGCGGACAGUAUACGUUAACGAAAAUUGCCAGCGCCGCCCAGAAGAAAAUGAGACAAAUAAAGCGGAAUUUAACUAAGAGAUAUUCCGUCGCAAUGGACGGGAAGACCUUUAUAAAAUCCAAUCAAACAUAUGACACGCCGAAGAACCAACAGAACCCCAAAUCGCCCAUUUACGCAAACUACCAGAAGCCAGAGAUCCAACAUCUAUACAGUAACAUAAACUUUGAAAAGAAGACUGACAAGCCUUUAGCCAAAAUCACCGGCACGUUCAAAGACGAAUUAAAAACAAUUAUAGAUAAAAAAGAAAAACCCACAGAAAAAAGGCUGAGUGGUGAUCCUUUACCCUUGCCCGAAAAGCCUUCGGCGGAAAAUCCAACAUCUCCAACAGAAAAUAAGAAAGACAGUGGAACUUUAUCCAGGAAAGCGUAUUUCUCUUUUAAAUCUCGUUUUAGAAGAGCAACUUCAAUGGCAGUAGAUAUUAACUCGGAAGUCCCCAGUGCGCUGAAGAUCACAAAUUCUACGUUUUACCUCACUGAUUCUAUGGAUGGCGACUCUGGAUUUAGUAAUUGCAGCGACAACGGCGCCAACCCUGAAGCGCUGUCACCGAGCAACCGGAGUCGUGGUACGAGACUUCGCCCCGGAUGGGCGGAAUCCUCCCCUUGCCUGGCGCUUGAGAGGCCCUCUCUGCCCCCGCCGCCGCCUCCCACAACUGACCUUAGCGCUGUCAACGAAGAAUUGAAGCGACUCCUGCCGACUUUGUCGCGCAAGGAAAAAGGCCCUCGUACGCGCACCUCGUGGUAUGCCGAAUGCGGCGCCGACCCUGCGCCCGCGCACACCUCAAACUCUUCUUGGUACGCCGAAGCAGGUCUGUACCCAGCUGGGCACAUCUCGUCGUCAUCAGGCGCAUCUUCAGGCUCUCAUCCGGCCUCACCGCGUCUCCACUCGCUCUUCACCCACGAACCACUCUACCAGUUUUAUAACGCCGCUAAAGUUGAGUCGGCUUGUGGUGGUGAAUCAGACUCAGAUACGUACGAAGCUGGCGGGUCUACCUGCAGCGCAUCCCGGCCUACAGCCAUGGCGUUAGUGGCGCCGCGUGGCCCCGCUCGCACGCUUUGGUGCGAAGUGCCAGAAGUUCUUAACUCCGCUGUACUAAGUUCCCUCGCACCAGCUCAAAAGAAACUCCAAGAGGCAAAGUUCGAAGUACUGACUUCAGAAGCGUCUUAUCUGAACUCGUUGAACGUGCUAGAAGAGCAUUUUAUAUCACAUCCAGCAUUUAGAGAAGCCCACGUCCUGCCCAGGGAAGACUGGGAGACGUUGUUUUCCACAAUUUUGCCCGUCCGUAAAUGCUCCCAAAUGCUGCUAGCGGAUAUGGAGCGGUGCUGGCAAGAGAAUAUUCUCCUUACUGGCAUCUGUGACAUCGUGAGGAAUCACGCAGAGCAAAAGUUCCACGCCUACGUCAAGUACUGCGAGAAUCAGGCCGUCAUGGUGCGGACCCUGCAACGACUGCGGGAAACGCCCAAUUUCACGGCAGCGCUUAAACAGAUGGAAAGUCAUCCAGCAUGUCAAAGUCUCUCCCUCCAUUCCUUCCUGAUGCUGCCCAUGCAACGCAUCACGCGGCUGCCCUUACUCCUUGAUGCUGUACUGAGAAACCUCAGUUCUGGUGAUGAAGAAUACGAUGGGUGCAUGCACGCACUUGCUACACUUAAUAAUUAUGUAUCCCAAUGCAACGAAGGUGCCCGUAACACAGAACGUUUGGAAGAAAUGUUCCGUCUCAGUGCAGUCCUUCACUUCCCGCCCGCACUCAAACACGCCCCAAACGUCGCGCCUGCUUGCGACCGACGAGACCGCAAACCAAUCCGAUGGUUAGUUCGUUCUGGAGAGAUGACCCAACUGGUGUGGAAGACUGACGAGCUGAAACUGACAUUCGGGAGGAAGUUCCACAAGCUUCCCUUACAUCUCUUCCUUUUUAACGAUCACUUGGUCAUCACUAAGAAGAAGAGUGACGAAUGCUACGUGGCAAUUGACCACUGCCCACGGUCGCUGGUGGACGUGUGUUCGAGUGACGCGGCGGCAAAUGCGAAACACGCCCUAUUGCUUACAUUAUUAGAGAACCACGAAGGGAGGACUGUUGAAAUGCUAAUGUCGUGUGCAAGUGAGACAGACGCGCGUCGAUGGACAGAAGCGUUGGCCCCGCCCACUUGUCACGACGGCGAGGCCGUAUACGCGGGCUGGGAUUGUCCGCAAGUGGCCGCUUUGUACGCGUACACUGCCGCACAACCAGACGAACUGGGAUUAAAUGAAGGCGAUAUUGUGAAUGUCACUAGAAAGACUAGCGAAGGUUGGUACUAUGGAGAACGAACUCGUGAUGGCGAAUCUGGUUGGUUUCCCGGCUCAUACACAGUUGAAAUUGCCUCUCCGCACGUUCGCGCUCGAAACUUGAGACAACGAUAUCGCUUGCUCGCUCUAUCCGGUACUUACCUCGGACAGAAGAAACGGCCCACUUGA